GUAACUGCACUUGAAAGCCUCCUUGCUUAUCUGCACGUCAAUCAGUCUACUACACCGCUACGUCGCCACACCUCAUACGAUGUCUCGGAGAGAUCUAAGCUAUGAGCUCCCUUCACUUGUCGAAUACACUCGGCAAGGGUGGCAAUCUACUUGUUCAAGCGCCGCUGUCGUUACAAGCUUGCUCGCUGCAGUAGCUGCAGGCCUACUUUCAGUCAUCCACGACGUUGCAAACGAUGACGAUUUCAAGCAGAACGCAAACCCUCGUGCCCUUACCGCUGUCUAUAUCACGUCGUUCGGUGCCAUCAUAUUGAAUGCAAGCGCGACCAUCACAUCUUUACUUCUUAUUGACGAAUUGGGCGACCUUCCGGAUAUUGCCUCUGCGGACCCAGACAAACCGAAGGCAGGCUUUGUGAACGAAUCCCAAGAUCUCCUGGUCUACUAUGGGAUGAAGAGAACUUGGACCUGGACACGAUGGCACUGGAUUAUCUCACUUAUCCUGGGCGUAUGGUGCCUAUUUACGCAGGUCGUUAUAUUCGCUUGCAUCUCCCAGACGAAGGCAGUAAAAGUGACCGUGACAGCAGUUACUGUCUUUGCAGUUCUGCCUAUGUGUAGGGUGUUUCCUAAGUUCUCAAAGAUUGACGCCAGGUCUAGUCCUUCAAGUUCAAAGGGGUCGGAGGUAUAAUUAGUUAGUAUACAUUCAAUACCAUCUUGAUAUGUUGACACGA